AUGAGCUAAGUAACUAAUAGAUCAUAAAAGAAAUCUCAUCAAAAGAGAGAUGAAAAAUCAGAAGAAGAUUCUUCUGAUGAAAAAACAGAUGACUUCUCUGAGGAGGAACUAGAUAAAUUAGAAGCAUAAAAGAAAGAAGAAACCCAAAAAACAAUGAGAAACGUACCUAUUGCCGUAGCAACUUUAAGCAACGCUAAAGUCAGAACUAUUUACACUUUGAUUAUGCUCUUCUGUUUCAUCUUAAUUGUUUCUGCUGGAGCUUUCUAUUGUGCCCUUCUUAUUACUACUAUCACUGCAGGUAUAUUUAGAGAAAUUAUCAAUCUCAAGAGAAAGACAUAAAGGGAGUAUAAAAUACCUUUUUUCAAUAUGAUCAACUGGUAUUUCUUUUUUGUAGGUGUUUUCUAUUUCUAUGGAGCAUUUUAUACCUCAAAGAUAAGUGAAGAAACAUCUAUACCAGAUUAUGUUAGAUCCAUUUUAAAUUAUCACAAAUUUGCAUCUUUUAGUCUUUGGAUUAUUGGCUUCUUGGUAUUUGUCUUAUCACUUACUUAAGGUUUCUAUCGUUAUUAAUUCAGAUUGUUUGGAUGGACUCAUCUUACUAUACUUAUAGUUGUAGCUCAAACUUCCGUUAUUGUUAGCAAUUUAUAUCAAGGUUUAGUUUGGUUUAUUCUUCCUGCACUCUUAGUUAUUAGCAAUGAUAUUUUUGCAUACAUUUUUGGUAAACUAUUUGGUAAAACAAAACUCAUUUAGCUCUCUCCUAAUAAAACAUGGGAAGGAUUUAUAGGUGGCUUUUUCAGUUCACUAUUCUUCGCUGUUUUGUUCUCUUACAUAUUCUAAAAUGUCCCUUUCUUGAUUUGCUAAAAUGACAUUCAAACAAUUACUCCUUUUGUAUUCAAAUCUUGCUAAGUAGAUUCUUUCUAUAUUCCUAGUCCUUUAACUAAUUAAUUCUUUAGUUAAACAUUCCCAUUCAAUCAUAUUUAGCUCUCAGAAUUCUAAGUUCACAGUCUUUACUUGAGUUUGUUUGCUUCAUUAAUUGCACCUUUUGGUGGUUUCUUUGCUUCUGGUUUCAAGAGAGCUCUUAAAGUCAAAGAUUUCGGUACUUCUAUUCCAGGACAUGGUGGCCUCACAGAUCGUAUGGAUUGUCAACUUUUAAUGGGAACAUUUACUUUCUGUUACUUGAACUACAUUGUCAUAGGAUCAGUUGUUAGUGUUAUUGCUUCUAUUAAUUCUAAUUUCAAAAGCUUAUCUUUAGAUAACUAAGCAAAAGUAUUGGAAUAACUAAAGAAAUCAUACGAAGAGAAAAUGAAUCAAAGCAAUUAAAUCAAGCUUUGA